AUGGGCAACGGAGCCAAGGCACAGCAAAAGCGUGAGCGCAACGCAAAGGACAAAAAUGUUGCCAAGUCGCAACUCAAAGUCAACCAACAAGCUAUGAACAUCCAGUGCCAGAUCUGCAAGGCCACGUUUCUGUCUACCACCAAGGGUCCUGCCCUGCAGGAACAUGCUACCAACAAGCACAGCAAGGAUAUUGGUGAUUGCUUCCCCGGCAAGACGGCCUAG